AUGCUUUCUUAUGGCGCGAACAAUUGGGUCUACAGGCCACGUCAUGAAGUCUGGCGAAUGCAUCAAGAUACGAACCGCAGAACCCAGAAGCUCCCAACUUCCCAAUCAAAGCAUGCCCCACCUCCACCUCUACCAGCACCCGCACGCCCCAAUGUCGAACCGGCCGAGCGGUUGCUGGCGAGAGCAAGGAGAGACGAUCGGCAAGUAGAUCUACGCGAUGAAUAUGUGCGAGACGCAAGACAACUUGCAUCCAAGCAAGAACUCGACUUUGGUACCAAGAGAGGAUGUCCAUAUCGGCGUUGCAGCUGGAGCACUGUUUCGACGGUAUUCUUAUAUCGGUGGUUUCUUGGACUUCGUCAUCUCAAAAUAACGGAACGGCGGAUGUCCAUUGAGACAGCAACAGCAGAGCAAGCGGCGAGCAAGCGAGAGACUCAGGUCUACGACGAUGAUAGCGUGAGCGUCAAUCUGGUUCUGCGUGCAGAGUUGCGAAUUGUGGCGGCCAAUCAGUGCAAUAUCCGUUCUGAACGUGGCGAGGGCCAGAAAGCGAACAUGAAGAUGAGAUUGUUUCUUCAACAGAGUACUUCACUCGAAGUAACCGGGAUGCUCUCUUACGUAUACAUGGUCAAAAAUCACAAACCUCGGUAUCAAGACCAUGUCGAAGGUUAG